GGCAAUUUUAUCAACUACUACUCCUUACCCAGUGUGCCAAAUCCACAUUCACACCUCAAGACCCAUCUCCAGCCGUCAUCAUCGGGGCAUCAUAACUUUUGCACUGUGACGACCGCUGAAACAUGGGGAAUCUCUGUUCCAAAUCCGCCAAUCAGCCGGACAGCUUCUCUGCUCCUGGUCGGACACUAGGCUCGAACUCAACAGCAAAGCCGAGCUCUGCACCGGUCCCGCAGAAAGUCAUUGCGAGCACACCUGGUCGCACUCUUGGAGGCAGCGAGGGAGCCUCAAGUUCUGAUGACGCCCGCAGUGCGGCAGCCAAAGCCGCCGAGGAGCGAGCUGCAAGGGCCAACAAGUCCGGGGGCAAGCUCUCGGCUCAAUUAACGAGUCAGAAAAAGCAGACUCAAAAUCAGCUGUUGAACGCUGGCUCCGAAGCAGAGCGUCGGGCUCGAGACGCUGACGAGGGCGCACAGGCCCGGAACUGGAAUUGAGCCGCCUGUCGUGUAUGGAUGUCGGAUUCCAAGCGCUUCUUCCGUUGUCUGUCCGAUGAUCAGAAGAGCCCAGUAACACUCAUGUUUUUCGUGGAGUUUUCCAGAAUGUGUCAAGUACUGGCGCGGAUGAUGAACAGAGCUUGUAACGGACAUCCACACCCGCGCCACAGAGUCCUUCCGAAAGUAUCAAGUUCGGAUCCGGACCCAUCAAGACUUUGAAUUCGAGCUAGGCCGAGAAUACGGUGGCUCAUCGACGACGAAUUUAUGAAUGCGUUUAUUGGCGGUGGUAGUGGAGUAUCCCGGUAUUUCAGUACCGCAGGAGUAUUGGUGGUCACGCACUAUCAGGAAAGGGGGAAGCAGGUGUGUGAAUUGGAUCAUGAGCAUGCAUCAAGCGCGAAAUGGAUACAGAGUACCGCUCUUGACCACGAUGAGUAUCUU